CUAGCCGUUGCUGGACCAGUUGUGGCUUGUGACGGCGCUCUCCUGCUCUCCGAGCGACCGGUCAUGGCGGGGAGUGGGAAGAGGAGGCGCGCGACGGUGCUCGACGACGACGAGCGGCGGGGCCGGCGGAGGCUGGAGGAGGCGGCCCUGCUCCUCCACAAGAUCAAAGGGCUGGUGGGCUGGGUGGUCGCGGAGAUCAGCGCCGGCCGAUCCCCUUCCCUGGCGCUCCACCGCUACCAGAACUACUGCGCCUGCGCCUCCGCCGCCGCCGCGGCGUCCCCGUCCACAUGCGCCUGCAGCUACGACGCCCCCGUCGGCACGGACGUCCUCUCCCUCCUCCGCAAGGAAUUCCACGCCUCCCGCCUCAAUGUGCUUCUCAGGGUCCUGCUCGUGGUGCAGCAGCUCCUGCAGGAGAAUAAGCACUGCUCCAAGAGGGACAUCUACUACAUGUACCCCUCCAUGUUCGUAGAACAAGCGAUUGUUGAUCGUGCGAUCAACGAUAUCUGCAUACUCUUCAAGUGCAGCCGGCAUAAUCUCAACGUGGUUCCUGUGGCAAAAGGUUUGGUGAUGGGCUGGAUAAGAUUUGUGGAGGGUGAAAAGAAAGUGUACUGCAUAACAAACGUCAAUACUGCUUUCCCCAUUCCAGUUAGCAUUGAAGCAAUCAAAGAUGUUGUUAGUGUUGCUCACUACAUCCUUGUUGUUGAGAAGGAGGCAGUAUUCCAGCGUUUGGCCAAUGACAAGUUCUGCGAAAAGAAUCGCUGCAUUGUUAUUACAGGAAGAGGCUACCCAGAUAUUCCAACAAGAAGAUUCUUGCGCUACCUUGUCGAACAGCUGCACUUGCCUGCUUAUUGCUUAGUGGAUUCAGAUCCGUAUGGUUUUGAUAUUCUGGCCACCUAUAAAUUUGGUUCCAUGCAAUUGGCAUAUGAUGCAAAUAUUCUGCGUGUGCCUGAGAUACGAUGGCUUGGGGUCUUCACAUCUGACUUUGAGGAGUAUUGUCUUCCAGACUGCUGUCAACUUCAAUUGUCAUCUGAAGAUAGGAGGAAGCUUGAAGGAAUUCUCACCAGAUGUUACUUGCACAAGGAAGCCCCAGAAUGGAGGUUGAAGUUGGAAGCCAUGCUGGAAAUGGGUGUCAAGUUUGAGAUUGAAGCAUUGUCAGCAAGUUCCAUUUCGUUUCUGUCGCAGGAGUACAUCCCCCAACAGAUCAGACUAGGGAGGUACAUAUAGGAUUGCAUAGACCUGUAUCUAUGCAGAAUUGUGCUAGGCUAAGUGUCUCCUUUUGUUUUGGUCACACCACUUGUAGUUGCUUGUCUGAUCAAACAAUCACCUUGGUAUUCACAACAAGAAUUUGACUGCAAUUGGUGUAUACCGUCAGUUACUGCAUUGCUACUCAUAAUGCUUCUUGUUGUGCAUAGAUUAGUUUGGGUUUAUUA